CCUGCUUAGGUCCGGGGGUGCGGUCGUGCAAUAGGAAGCCGAGGGCGUUGCAAGCUUCCCUUCGGGCACCAGCUACCUGGCUCCACGUCCUGUCGGGUGCAUUCCACAGACACCCCCGGAUCCUCCACCUGUGGCCCCUAGAACUCCCUUCCCGCGUCCGCCAUGCCUCUCAGCCGCACUUUGUCCAUGUCCUCCCUGCCAGGACUGGAAGAUUGGGAGGAUGAAUUCGACCUGGAGAACACAGUGCUCUUCGAAGUGGCCUGGGAGGUGGCCAACAAAGUGGGCGGCAUCUACACGGUGCUGCAGACGAAGGCGAAGGUGACCGGAGAUGAGUGGGGCGACAACUACUACCUGGUGGGACCGUACACGGAGCAGGGAGUGCGGACCCAGGUGGAGCUGCUGGAGCCCCCGACCCCGGCUCUGAAGAGGACGCUGGACUCCAUGAACAGCAAGGGCUGCAAGGUGUAUUUUGGGCGCUGGCUGAUCGAAGGGGGCCCCCUGGUGGUACUCCUGGAUGUAGGCGCUUCAGCCUGGGCCCUGGAGCGCUGGAAGGGGGAGCUCUGGGACACCUGCAACAUCGGGGUGCCCUGGUACGACCGAGAGGCCAACGACGCCGUCCUUUUCGGCUUCCUCACCACCUGGUUCCUGGGUGAGUUCCUGGCCCAGAGCGAGGAGAAGCCGCACGUGGUCGCACACUUCCACGAGUGGCUGGCGGGUGUCGGGCUCUGCCUGUGCCGGGCCCGGCGGCUGCCUGUGGCUACCAUCUUCACCACCCACGCCACGCUGCUGGGCCGAUACCUGUGUGCCGGUGCCGUGGACUUCUACAACAACCUAGAGAACUUCAAUGUGGACAAGGAAGCAGGUGAGAGGCAGAUCUAUCACCGCUACUGCAUGGAGCGGGCAGCAGCCCAUUGCGCUCAUGUCUUCGCUACUGUGUCCCAGAUCACCGCCAUCGAGGCCCAGCACCUUCUCAAGAGGAAACCAGAUAUCGUGACCCCCAAUGGGCUCAACGUGAAGAAGUUCUCUGCCAUGCAUGAGUUCCAGAACCUCCACGCUCAGAGCAAGGCCCGAAUCCAGGAGUUCGUGCGGGGCCAUUUUUAUGGGCACCUGGACUUCAACUUGGACAAGACGUUGUACUUCUUUAUCGCCGGUCGCUACGAGUUCUCCAACAAGGGGGCCGACAUCUUCCUGGAGGCCUUGGCCCGGCUCAACUAUCUGCUCAGAGUCAACAACAGUGAGCAGACCGUGGUCGCCUUCUUCAUCAUGCCGGCGCGGACCAACAACUUCAACGUGGAGACCCUCAAGGGCCAGGCCGUGCGCAAGCAGCUCUGGGAUACGGCCAACACAGUGAAGGAGAAAUUCGGCAGGAAGCUUUAUGAAUCCUUGCUGGUGGGGAGCCUCCCGGACAUGAACAAGAUGCUGGACAAGGAGGACUUCACUAUGAUGAAGAGAGCCAUCUUUGCCACGCAGCGGCAGUCUUUCCCCCCUGUGUGCACCCACAAUAUGCUGGACGACUCCUCAGACCCUAUCCUGACCACCAUUCGCCGAAUUGGCCUCUUCAAUAGCAGCGCGGACAGGGUCAAGGUUAUUUUCCACCCGGAAUUCCUGUCCUCCACGAGCCCCCUGCUCCCCGUGGACUAUGAGGAGUUCGUCCGUGGCUGCCACCUUGGGGUCUUCCCCUCCUACUAUGAGCCUUGGGGCUACACGCCGGCUGAGUGCACGGUUAUGGGCAUCCCCAGUAUCUCCACCAACCUCUCCGGCUUCGGCUGCUUCAUGGAGGAACACAUCGCAGACCCCUCAGCAUACGGCAUCUACAUUCUGGACCGGCGGUUCCGCAGCCUGGAUGAUUCCUGCUCGCAGCUCACCUCCUUCCUCUACAGCUUCUGCCAGCAGAGCCGGCGUCAGCGCAUCAUCCAGCGGAACCGCACGGAGCGCCUCUCCGACCUUCUGGACUGGAAAUACUUGGGCCGGUACUAUAUGUCUGCGCGCCACAUGGCACUGGCCAAGGCCUUUCCGGAACACUUCACCUACGAGCCCCACGAGGCUGACACGACCCAGGGCUACCGCUACCCACGGCCCGCCUCGGUGCCGCCGUCACCCUCGCUGUCUCGGCACUCGAGCCCGCACCUGAGCGAGGACGAGGAGGACCCCCAGGACCAGCUGCCGAAUGAGGAAGGCGAACGCUACGACGAGGAGAAGGAGGCCGCCAAGGACCGGCGCAACAUCCGAGCCCCCGAGUGGCCGCGCCGCUCCAACUGCACCUCUUCCAGCGGCGGGAGCAAGCGCAACUCGGUGGACACGGCGCCCUCCAGCUCGGCCAGCAGCCCCAGCGAGCCCCUCAGCCCCGCCAGCUCCCUGGGCGAGGAGCGCAACUAAG